GCUUCGAUUUUCCGGCCAAACAAACGCGCCCUUAUCUCUCCUGUUCAUCUUCCCUUCCCUUUUGUCGGAAAAAAGCCCCUUUUUUUGCAAGAAAGUUUAUUCCUUUUAUUUCUCUCUCUGAGAUAAAUACUCUGUUUUUCUUCAAAGAAACAGAGAGGGCGGGGAAUGAAUCAAAUGAAGGGAGGAAAGCAAUGGGCAUUUUCGGAAAUUUCAAUUUGUGCUCCUCUGAAGUCAAUAUCCACAAAGCCGGCGGCGGAGGGUGGCGAUUGCCGGCGUUCCGACGACGAGCGGUCGACGACUCCGACGGCCAGAGGGUCUAGGAUUCCGGAGAGGCUGCCGUGUCCGCCGGCGCCGAGGAAACGCCGGCCUUCUUCCGUUUGCCGUUAUAACGGCGUCAAGGAGUUCUUCGAGCCGCCGGAACUGGAAUCCGUGUUCGUGCGCCGCGUGGAGAGGGCGAAUUAGUUAGAGUUUAAUCGCGGUAAUUAGCAGAGUGAUUAGCAGUUUUAAAAUUGUUUUUUUUUAAAUUUUACUACGUAUUUGUUUUAAAAUUUCCAAUCUCUUUUGUCUUGUUGUUCUUGGGUUUGUUGGUCUUGUCUCUUUUUUGUGGCAUGGAAUUAAGAUGAUUAUUAGUAGCAUGAUCUCAUUUGUAAUAUAGAAAAUAGUUUUGC